UUUCUUAUUAGAUUAUGGUAGUAUGUAAUUGACUGCUGAAUCCCAUUUUGUUUUUAGGGCCUAUCAAAUUCAGUUUAACCCAUUACAAAUCCAGAUUUACCCAGAAACAAUUAUCAAUAAUUAAUUUUUAUCUUUAAGUGUAUGCGUGUAGAUAAGAACUGAUGAAAUUAUAUGACAACACAAUGUUGAAUGAAAGGCUAUAGCUUCAUUUUGAGUUGAGAGGGGUCUAUACCAUUUCAGCGGUCAGUUCAAGAGUGAUAAAGGAUAGAGAUUCUUUAUUAUUUCGCAGUUUUCGCACACGAAAUUAUUCCAGGAACCAAUUCAUUCUCAAUAUGUCCGGAGAUCAUUUCUUACCCAUCCAAGAAGAUUUUUCAACCAUUGCUAUUCACGAAGCUCAAGAGCCAGAACAAUGGUCUUGUAUGGAAGUUGUUACCCCAAUUUCAACAUCUACAACAUAUAAACAAAGAGGACCUGCUGAUUUCAAGAAAUAUGAAUACAGUAGAAGUGGAAAUCCUACCAGAGAAGUUCUGGAAAAGGUUAUAGCUAAACUAGAAGAUGCUAAAUACGGAUAUUGUUUCAGUUCAGGUUUGGGAGCCAAUACCACUCUUCUAGGAUUAUUGAAAUGUGGAGAUCAUAUUCUCUGCAUCAAUGAUGUUUAUGGAGGCACCAACAGAUUAUUCUCUAAAGUUGCUAGUAGGUUUGGAAUAGAAACUAGUUUUUCGGAAAUAGAGGCUGAAAGUUUUGAGAAAAAUUUGAGGCCAAAUACUAAAAUGAUAUGGAUUGAAACCCCUACUAAUCCCACUCUUCAGGUAUGUGAUAUUGCCAAAGUAGCUGAGAUUUCAAAAAAGCAUAAUGUGAUCCUCGUUGUUGAUAAUACCUUUUUGACGCCAUAUUUUCAAAAACCUUUAACGUUAGGAGCAGAUGUUGUGGUACAUUCACUAACUAAAUAUAUGAAUGGCCAUUCUGAUGUUGUCAUGGGUGCAUGUAUGACAAAUAAUGAGGCAUUAUCCAAAGAAAUUAAGUUUUUGCAAAAUGCUAUGGGUAUAGUACCAUCACCAUUCGAUUGCUCUCAAGUGCUCAGAAGUUUGAAAACUCUUGCACUCAGAAUGAAACAACAUUCGGAAAGUUCUCUCCAGAUUGCGAAGUACCUUGAAAGCCACCCAAAAGUUGAAGGUGUAAUACACCCAGGUUUGCCAAACCACCCGCAUUAUGAGCUAACCAAAAGACAAACAAGUGGUCAUAGUGGAAUAUUUUCCAUUUACAUUAAGGGCAAUUUGGAUUCUUCGAAGAAAUUGUUGCAAUCGUUGAAAAAGUUCACACUUGCAGAAAGUUUAGGAGGUUAUGAAAGUUUGGCUGAGUUACCCAGUGUUAUGACUCAUGCCUCAGUUCCACCAGAGCAGAGAGAAAAGUUGAGAAUAACUGAUAACUUAAUUAGGCUUUCAGUUGGUUUGGAGGAUGUGAAAAGUCUAAUUUCGGAUUUAGAGCAAGCAUUGAAGGCUAUUUGAAUGAGAAAUAAUCAUAACUCAAGUGUCAAUAUCUGCCAAUCUGCUGUGUUGAUA